AUGAAGGCUAUUUUCAUUAUUUGUGUUUGGGCUGUAGUUGUAGCCCAGAUUUUUGCUGAAGAGGAAUGUGGUCUAAAUGAACAGUUCGGAUGCAAACCUUGUUGUCCUGAACAAGAGCCUACUUGUGAAAAUAAAUCGGGACAAUUAUGUAUGAACAAAUGCCCUAGGAUUUGUAUACGGUCUUGUAGAUGUUCACCUGGUUACUAUAGGGACGCUAAGGGACAAUGCGUUCAAGAUUGUUAA